CUCUGGCGCUGGGCGAACAUGGCGGCGGCGGUCGGGCGGGACACCCUACCUGAGCACUGGUCGUACGGCGUCUGUCGGGACGGCCGCGUCUUCUUUAUCAAUGACCAGCUCGGCUGCACGACCUGGCUGCACCCGCGGACCGGCGAGCCGGUCAACUCGGGUCACAUGAUCCGCUCAGACUUGCCGCGCGGCUGGGAGGAGGGCUUCACGGAGGAGGGCGCCAGCUUCUUCAUCGACCACAACCAGCAGACCACAACCUUCAGGCAUCCUAUGACUGGACAGUUUUCUCCAGAAAACAGUGAAUUUAUUCUUCAGGAGGAGCCACACCCACAUAUGUCGAAGCAAGAGAGAAACCAAAGACCGUCCAGCAUGGUCAGUGAGACAUCCACGGCUGGGACCACAUCCACCCUGGAAGCCAAGCCUGGACCCAAGAUCCUCAAGUCCAGCAGCAAAGUGCACAGCUUUGGGAAGAGAGACCAGGCCAUUCGGAGGAACCUCAAUGUCCCGGUGGUGGUGAGGGGCUGGCUGCACAAGCAGGAUAGCUCCGGGAUGAGGCUGUGGAAAAGACGGUGGUUCGUGCUCGCUGAUUACUGUUUGUUUUAUUAUAAAGACAGCCGAGAAGAAGCAGUUCUCGGGAGCAUCCCUCUGCCCAGCUAUGUCAUCUCCCCUGUGGCCCCUGAGGAUCGCAUAAGCCGCAAGUAUUCUUUUAAGGCUGUGCAUACGGGCAUGAGGGCGCUCAUCUACAGCACCACCACAGCGGGCUCCCAGGCUGAGCACUCGGGCAUGAGGACCUACUUCUUCAGUGCUGACACCCUGGAGGACAUGAACGCCUGGGUCAGGGCCAUGAACCAGGCUGCACAGGUGCUGUCUCGAUCAUCACUCAAGAGGGACAUGGACAAGGUGGAGCGGCAAGCCAUGCCACAGGCCAAUCACACGGAAGCUUGUCAAGAAUGUGGCCAUGUGGGACCUGGUCACUCGAGAGACUGUCCUCAGCGAGGCUAUGAAGACUCCUUUGGCUUCGACAGGAGGGAGCCGGAGGAUGAGCGUUUCCGUUCUCAAAGGGACCCACUGGAGGGCAGGCGGGACAGGAACAAGGCCAGGUCCCCGUACUUGCCAGCUGAGGAAGAUGCUUUGUUUGUGGAUCUACCCGGUGGACCCCGCGGCCAGCAAGCACAGCCACAGCGGCCUGAGAGGAAUGGCAUCCCACCUGUCUCUUAUGGCCCAGGAGAACAAAAUGGUACCAGUGGGUACCAACGUGCUGCUCCUCCCAGGACCAACCCGGAGAAACACAGCCAGAGGAAGACCAACCUGGCCCAGACAGAGCACUGGGCAAAGACUCAGAAGGGGGACAGCAGGAGCUUGCCCUUAGACCAGACACUUCCUCGCCAGGGUCCCAGUCAGCCCCUGUCCUUCCCGGAAAACUACCAGACUCUUCCCAAAAACACGAGACAUCCUUCUGGGAGCUCUUCACCCCCUCCCCGGAACCUGCCCAGUGACUACAAGUACGCACAGGACCGAGCAAGCCAUCUGAAGAUGUCCAGUGAGGAGCGUCGGGCACACAGGGAUGGUACCGUGUGGCAGCUCUACGAGUGGCAGCAGAGGCAGCAGUUCCGGCAUGGCAGCCCCACGGCGCCCAUAGGAGCUGGCUCCCCGGAGUUCACUGAGCAGGGCCGCAGCCGGAGCCUGCUAGAAGUGCCCCGCUCCAUCUCUGUGCCUCCAUCUCCUUCUGACAUCCCUCCUCUAGGGCCUCCCAAGCCCUUACCACCCCGGCGGCCACAUACACCAGCAGAAAGGGUCACAGUGAAGCCACCUGAGCAGAGGAGGAGUGUGGACAUCUCUCUGGGAGGUUCUCCCAGGAAGGCACGGGGUCAUGCUCUUAAGAACUCCUCUCAUGUGGACCGGCGUUCCAUGCCUUCCAUGGGCUACAUGACCCACACAGUCAGCGCUCCCAGCUUACAUGGAAAAUCGGCUGAUGAUACCUACCUCCAGCUGAAAAAGGACCUGGAGUACCUGGAUCUAAAGAUGACAGGCCGAGAUCUUCUUAAGGAUCGAAGUCUGAAGCCGAUGAAGAUCGCUGAAAGUGACGUUGAUGUCAAGUUGAGUGUUUUCUGUGAACAAGACAGGAUCCUCCAGGACUUGGAAGACAAGAUCCGAGCUCUCAAGGAGAAUAAAGACCAGCUAGAGUCCGUGCUGGAGGUGCUGCACAGGCAGACAGAACAAUACCGAGACCAACCACAGCACCUGGAAAAGAUCACAUGUCAGCAGAGACUCCUCCAGGAGGACCUCAUCCACAUCCGGGCAGAGCUCUGCAGGGAGUCCACGGAGAUGGAAAAUGCCUGGAAUGAGUACCUGAAGUUGGAGAGGGAUGUGGAACAGCUGAAGCAGACCCUGCAGGAACGACACAGAAGAACCUUUUUCUUCCAGGAGAAGUCUCAGAUACAGAAGGAUCUGUGGAGGAUCGAAGAUGUCAUGGCAGGCUUGAGUGCGAAUAAAGAGAACUACAGAGUCCUGGUGGGGUCUGUCAAAAAUCCAGAAAGGAAAACGGUGCCUUUGUUCCCUCACCCGUCCGUGCCUUCACUCUCUCCAACUGACAGCAAGCCAGCCCUGCAGCCUAGUCCUCCCACCAGCCCUGUGCGGACACCUCUGGAGGUCCGACUUUUCCCGCAGCUGCAGACCUACGUGCCAUACCGACCUCAUCCGCCCCAGCUGAGGAAAGUGAUGUCCCCUCUUCAGUCACCAACCAAGGCGAAGCCUCAGGUGGAAGAUGAGGCACCCCCCAGGCCACCACUUCCUGAACUCUACAGCCCAGAGGACCAGCCCCCAGCUGUGCCACCUCUGCCUAAGGAAGCCACCGUCAUACGGCACACAUCUGUGCGGGGCCUCAAGCGACAGUCUGACGAAAGAAAGAGGGACCGGGAGCAGGGCCAGUGUGUGAAUGGCGACUCAAAGGUGGAGCUCCGGUCCUAUGUGAGCGAGCCAGAGCUGGCCAGCCUCAGUGGGGACGUGCCUCAGCCCUCCCUGGGCCUCGUGGGCUCUGAGAGCAGGUACCAGACACUGCCAGGCAGAGGGCUCUCGGGCUCCACAUCCAGGCUCCAGCAGUCAUCCACCAUUGCUCCCUACGUCACUCUCCGGAGGGGUCCGAAUGCCGGAAACAGCAGUAUGACCUUCUCUAGACCUAAGAGUGCCUUGGAGCGCCUGUACUCAGGGGACCACCAGCGGGGCAAGAUGAGCGCGGAGGAACAGCUGGAGCGGAUGAAGCGACACCAGAAGGCCUUGGUCCGGGAGCGCAAGCGGACCCUGAGCCAAGGAGAAAGACCGGGCGUGCUCUCAGCUAGAUACCUCAGCCAGCCACUGCCUGGAGAUCUUGGCUCAUGGAAGCGAGAACAAGAUUUUGACCUGCAGCUGCUGGAGCGGGCUGCUCAGGGGGACAGAAAAGACAGAGAAGACGGCUGGCUAAAAGUGCAGGCCACACCUGUCAUGGAGUUGGACCUAGAGCCACAAGACUAUGAUUUGGACAUCAGCAGAGAGCUGUCUAAGCCAGAGAAGGUCUCCAUCCCCGAGCGGUACGUGGAACUGGAUCCCGAGGAGCCACCCAGCCUUGAAGAGCUGCAGGCACGGUACCGGAAGGCUGAGAAGAUCCGAAAUAUCCUCGCUCGUUCAAGCAUGUGUAACCUGCAGCCCCCAGGCCAGGACCGCAACAGCCUGGCCGACCUGGACUCGCAGCUGCAGGAACAGGAGCGGAUCAUCAACAUCUCUUAUGCCCUGGCCUCAGAGGCCUCUCAGCGCAGCAAGCAGGUAGCAGUGCAGCAGCUGGCCCUCCUCCCGCCUAAAGCCCCCCUGUCCGCCAGGACGGUGCCACCUUACCCCCCCUUAAGCAACGGACUGCACUACACCUUUGUCUAACACCUUCCAAGUAAGAGCCCUGCCUGGCUGUCUUGCUGCUGUGCACCCCGUAGUCUGAGCAUGCCCCGCCCGCCUUCCCGCUGCUGCUGAGCUGACUGCAAUGACACCUGCUGCUGCUUCCUUCCAUUGGCACUGCGGCCGCUGGGGGGGGGGGGACCUGCUAUAUGGUAGGUGGCUGGAGGUGAUUCGCAUUUUAGUAUUCUGACCUCAGGCCUCAACAGAGGCUGCCAUUAAAGGUGCUGUCGUGCUGAAAUAUCUGCGUGGUUUUCAACCCUUUGGCUUUAUUACUGUGUGGUUGAGGUACAAGGGAAAAAAAUGCAAAAAAAAAAAAGACUUCUCAUAUUUUAAGUCAGUUUAGGAUUUUGUGUUGGGCUGCAUCCUCAGCCGUCCUGGAUCACAUGUAUUCUGUGGGCCAUGGAUUGGACAUGUCUGCUAGGGCCCUUGCCGCUCCUGCCCGUUUCUCUUUCCCACGGCAGCUUGAUGCCCCAAAGAGCAGUAUAGGGCACACUGCCAGUCUCCAAGGAAAAGAAGAAUCACAUCUCACUCUUUGGUGGCCUUCCCAAAGGGACUGAAGAACAGUUAAGUCCAGAGUUACAGAAGGCAAGCUGAGACCCCGAGGGGUCUCCUCAUACAGCAAGGCCUGAGACUGUAUCAGUCACUGAGUGUCUUAGGGAAGAGACAGAUGCAAGUCCAGGACCACAGUCCGUCGAGAUGCUUGGUAUAACUCCACUAAGUGAGUGUCUGACCCAGACAGGAAGGAGCCCCCCGGGAGCCAGUAGGCCAGUAACCAUUAGCUGUGGAGUGAUUUUAUGGCCUGGGGCAGCUGCCCCGUCUGUAUCCAAACCUGGACCACAGAGGUCACACCAGAGUCCCUCACAGUCUCUUGCUGUCUCUUCGCAGAGUUCCCGUCUGUACCCUAACUGGGUUAUGGUUGACCUUGUUGAGGGACUACUACCUGCUAGCCAUUGUGUUGAGUAUCUCCUGAUGCUCACAACAGCCCCGUGACGCUCUUCUCUCCACGUGUAGAUGAGGAAACGAGGCCCAGACAUCUGAGGGACUUCCUAAAGAGUUGAAACGCGCGUGUCAGGGUGCAGACGCUUUUGGUGUGAACCCACAACUUACAUUCUCCAUGACUGCUGGCUAGCGAGCUCAUCUGGGCCAUCCCGGAAACUCCGUGGGUCUGCAGAAGAGGGUGCAGGGGACAUCACUUUGCACUGGGCCCUCCAGCUUUGGACUGUCCCUACUUUAGAGCCUGCAGCCAGCCAGUCCGAGAGCAGGAGGAGAUGAGGUGGCUUGGGUCUACCAUGGCCCACAAGAGGGGCAGAGCAGAGGAACGUCAUGAAAGGCUCCAGCCAUGUCCUUUAUAAAGUCCUACAGGACUUGCCAGGGCCAUGGUUGUGUUUUCUUCUUAGAGAUCUAAGCAGGUAGAGGUGCCAGGGAGAGGCUCCGUUCACCCUGGUUUUCCAAGCCCCUGUAGCCUUGUGCUAGGACUGAGAUGCUCUCUCCAGAGCUUAGCUGUGCCUCUUCCUCUCAUAGCACCACAGGCAGGUUAAAAGCACUCUGUUAGGUUAAAAACAUGAGAAAAGAAUAAAAAUAAAUAAAGCAAGCAAGUGAGGUCCCGUAGGCUUCGCUCUCUGAUCUUCCAGAGAAUGAAGUGUAGAACCAUUAACUACCCUAGGGGUUUGCCCAGGUCUUGGCCUACUGCAGAGGACAAAUUUAUGAACUUGAACUUAAAGUUAGAAGAAAAAAAAAAAAAAAACAGCGCACUGGGUCCUAGAAGCAAAGGUCCCUUGACAGCGGCCGCUUUGCCCACAUCCCCUGCUCUCGUACUCCAUCUGCCAGCCCAUUAUGUGUGUGCACAAACAUGCCCACUAUGAGGGCAGAAGCAAAGGUCUGCCAAC